AGGAUUUCCCAUUCCCAAACCUUUGCCAGAUGGAAGAGGAGGCUGAGAGGAAGAUGAGGAUGCCCCAGGACACCCAGGCAGACAAGAAGCUGAGGAUGGAGACCAGAGAGGAAAAAUCCCCGUGGAAGAACCUGGAGGAAGAGGCUGUUUUGAGUGGCUGCACGGGAAAGGAAUCAAACAGAGAGGAAAAUCCCCAGAGAUCCCACAGGAGGAGGGGCUGCAAACCCAGACAAGGGUGCUCUGUGGAGGAAAGACCCACCCUGAGCCAGGAAGGUGGGCAGAGCUUCAGCCAGAGCUCAGAGCUGGUGGUCCAUGAGCAGCUUCAUGAUGGAGUGAAGCCCCACAAGUGCUUGGAGUGUGGGAAGAGCUUCAGGCAGAGCAGCACCCUGAUCCGUCACCAGAUGAUCCACACUGGGGAAUGGACCUAUGAGUGUGGGGAAUGUGGGAAGGGCUUCAGCUGCAGCUCCCAGCUCAUCAACCAUCAACAAAUCCACACUGGUGAAAGGCUCUACGAGUUUCCCGAGUAUCAGAAGAGGUUUCAGAGCAGCUCCCAUCUCCUCCGCCACCAGCGAAUUCACACAGAGGAGAGAGCCUUCCGCUGCCCUGAGUGCGGGAAGGGCUUCCAGAAAAAAUCCACCCUCAUCACCCACCGGCACAACCAUACUGGGGAGAGGCCCUGUGAGUGUCCCACCUGUGGGAAGAGGUUCCAGACCAGCCCAAAUCUCUGCCUGAAUGAGCGGAGUUACACUGGGGAGAGGCCCUUCCGCUGCCCCGACUGUGGGAAGGGCUUCAAGAAAAAAUCCACCUUUAUCAUCCACCGGCACAUCCAUACUGGGGAGAGGCCCUAUGAGUCCCCCACAUCAUGGGAAGAGCUUCUCCAUGAGCUCAGACUUGACGAGACACCAAUGGAGUCACCAGUAAGGGAAGUUCUGUGA